CUCAGCAAUGCUGCCUCUGCCGCUACCGAUACUGCUGACGUUCGUACUCAUAGCCUCUGGUAGAAAACCAAGACAAGUUGUAACUGGAGGAAUACAAUCGUUAUUUGAAGAUUUUAACAUUGUAACUGAGUCGCUACUGCCAAGGUUCGCAGAACCAAUCCCAAACGUAACAGUCACUGUAGGCAGGGACGCGCUCUUAGCCUGUGUGGUGGACAACCUGAGACAGUACAAGGUAGCUUGGGUGAGAGUAGACACCCAAACCAUCUUAUCGAUUCAUCACCAGGUAGUGACCCAGAACCCUCGGGUAUCCUUGAGCUACAACGACCACCGCUCCUGGUACCUCCACAUCAAGAACGUACAAGACAUAGACAGAGGCUGGUACAUGUGUCAGGUUAACACAGACCCCAUGAGGAGUCGGCAGGGCUAUCUGCAGGUUGUUGUUCCUCCUAAGAUCAUGGACCGUGACUCCAGCACGGACCUGGUGGUGAGGGAAGGCUCCAACGUGACCCUGCAUUGCCACGCCGUGGGACACCCGGAGCCUUACGUCAUGUGGCGGCGGGAGGAUGGUGACGACAUCAACUACAACGGCGAUAUAGUUAACGUUGUGGACGGGGAACUUCUACAGAUCGGGAGAGUCAGUAGACUUCACAUGGGAGUUUAUCUAUGCAUCGCUUCCAACGGUGUUCCCCCCUCUAUUAGCAAGAGGGUCGUUCUCAGGGUACAGUUCCCGCCUAUGCUGACCAUACCUAACCAGCUAGAGGGCGCCUACCUCGGCCAGGAUGUUCAGCUUGAGUGUCAUACAGAAGCCUACCCUACCUCCAUCAACUAUUGGACCACAGAGAGAGGAGAUAUGAUAGUGUCUGGUGACAAGUACGAGGCCGUAUCUAUGGACAACGGCUACAGCAAGUACAUGAUGCUCAAGAUACGAUCAGUAGCCAAGGAGGACUUCGGCUCUUACCAGUGUGUGGCCAAGAACUCGCUGGGGGAGACUGAUGGAGUCAUCAAACUAGAUGAAAUACCUCCUCCAGCAAUCAAACCAUUUCCAAACUCAAACAUAUCCGACGAACUUAGUAACUUCAUUUAUAAAGGUCGAGGAAGGUUGCCUGUAAGUGACGAACUAAGUAACAACGCCAUCAGUGACUACCAGUGGCAAGAGUCUGAGUAUGGAGAGCUCGGUUACGUCCCUCCGUCUCCAAGGGCUCCUAUGCUAGGUACAAACGCCGGCAGUGGUCCUGCACUGUCCUGUCGUCUGCUACUGCUGCUGGUGCUUAUCAGCUGACUAUAGACCAAUCAGCUGUUCUCAGUCAUCCGCAUUGCACAUGGGAUAUAAUAAUGAUACAAUAUUUAGGUAAUGUGUAAAUAGCGUACUUGUAAAUGCUGUGUUGCUAAAUUUAAGUUUACAAAAUAUCUUAUGUAAGGUACA